AUGGGGAUGAUCCUGGGCCCCGAAGGGGAUUGCUGGGUGGCGGCGGCGGGUUCCAUUCAACCGCCCGGCAGCGGCAGCGCCGAGCACGGGCAGCGGACGGGCAGGGUGCAGGCAGCGGGGGGGGGGGGGGGGGGAGUGCGGCUCCCGCCCCCAGGGCGCUGUGCCCGUGUCUGGGGCGGGGGGAGAAGAAGAAGAAGGAGGAGGAGGAGGAGGAGGGCAGAAGAAGGCUCUCAGCCCAGGGAGGUGGGGCUGGGGCAGGUGCCAGGGGAGGCGGGAAGGGGCGGGCAGGGCGCUGCCUGCUCCUCGCCAUUGGGAACCGGCCGCAGGCAGCGGCGGAGCCUGCCCCGCCGAGCCGUGCUGGAGGGAGAGAGAGAGAGAGAGAAAGGCCGGUCCCGCACCCACGGGGGUUUUCGCUUCCCGGUGGUGGCGGGGUUGGGGAGCGGGGCGUGGGGGGGCAGAGCCAAGCGGCGGAGGGUCUCCGGAGUUCGGCUGCGGAGAGGUGCGGAGCCCCGGACCAAAGCCCCGACGGAGGUGUCUGCCUGCAGCCCGCAGCAGAGUCUCUCUUCGGAGGGUCCCGGAGCCUGGCUGAAGCCCGCAGAGGAGGAUCCCGGAGUCUGGCUGAGCCCUGUCGGAGGGUCCCGGAGCCCGGCUGAACCCCGGAGCCCGGCUGAACCCUGCAGCGGAGGGUCCCGGAGCCCUGCUGAACCCCACAGCCGAGUCCCGUCGGAGGGUCCCGGAGCCGGGCUGAACCCCGGAGCCCGGCUGAACCCCGCAGCGGAGGGUCCCGGAGCAGGGCUGAACCCCGUCGGAGGGUCCCGGAGGCCAGCUGAACCCCGGAGCCCGGCUGAGCCCUGUCGGAGGGUCGCAGAGCCCGGCUGAACCCCGCAGCGGAGGGUCCCGGAGCCGGACUGAGCCCCGUCGGAGAGUCCCGGAGCCGGGCUGAACCCCACAGCGGAGCCCCGUCGGGGCAGCCGGUCGCCCCGUAGACAGAUCCAGCGGAGCCCCGAUCGGA